AUGCUUUCCCUUUUCCUGAAAAAAAUUAAGACAGUGGCCUUAUUUCGUAAAGAGUCAUACAAUUCUUUCGCCAUAUAUUUCACAUCAUACUACGUGGGAAUUAAAGGUUCCUCCAAGAUAAGGAAAUCAUCCCAAGAUCAAAUUAUAGAACCAAAUAGUAUUCCAGGCCUUUUAUAUAAUCUUGAAGUCAAUCAUUAUAAUGCUACAGGUUUAAUUUCCCACCAAUUUAGCAACACUGGAGAAAAUACUCAAAAAUUUGAUUUAUAUACUAAUUUCGAAUAUCAUUCAUUUUAUUUAAAAAAUUAUAAUGAUCCUAGCUACAAUGGUAAUGUUUUUCAAAUAAAAGAAUUCGGAUUUAAGGUAAACGCAUCCCGCUAUCCCAUUUCACUAAAUUUUAUAGGAAAAAACCAUCCUAAAGUUACAGAUGUUACAAGACUGGAUUACUAUUUUCGUAGUUCAUUUUUUGAAAACCACCCAUACCCUGACAUACCUUCUAUACCUUGCAUGUAUAUGGGUGCAUUAUGGGAAAAUAUUGUCAUUGAACCUGGAAAAUCAAAGGUAAUAUCAUUUAUCGUAUCAAAAGCUGAAAAUGAUAUUCCAUUUUUUAAUUUUAAAGAGAAUUUGAUAAAAGAUUUUUAUACAAAGGACGAAAGAAUUAAAAUAAAAGGAACGAUAAAAAAUAUUGAUCAUUGCUAUAAAUGUAUAGAUUGCUCUGUAUUUUAUAAGAUUAUAAGAAACAAGGAAAACCAAGUUUUACAAUCAGAUGAAAUCGGAAACACUCAAAAUAAAAACAAUUUUGAUGAAGAUAUAAAAGUUCCCAAUAAAUCAGGUGAAUAUAAAUUGAUUGUUUCUUAUGGUGAUAGAGCUACAUUCCAUAGUUCAAUUGAUCAUAUAUUUCAUGUUAGAAAUAAUAUUCCAACAAUCAAAUUUGAUAAUCCAGAGUUUGAGUAUUAUAUCCCGAACUCAACACUUAAUAUGAAUGUUACAGUCACUGACUUGGAUAUCGUCGAUACAAGCUUGACAGGAUAUAUAUUAUUCAAUGGUGCAAAUUAUUCAUAUACAAGCGAUAUACAGAGUGGAAUUGCGAAAAUAUAUAGUUUCACAAUACCUGAAGACACUAUCCCAGGUAAUUAUACAGCAGAGUUCAUCGCAUCAGACGAUGAUGAUAUAUCGAAGAAAACAUUUAAAGUUGUCGUUCGAAACAAUACGAAACUUCUAAUUGGUGUCGAAGGAAUCGAUCUUAAUGCAUCAUACUUACCUGGCUGUGAUAUCAAUUUUUCUCUAAUGAUUAUGGACUGUGACAAAGAUUUCGACACAACAUUCAACAUUUCUCUUGCAUAUUCAGAAAGCAUCAUAUAUUCUAACUCGAUAACAAACGAUGGAAUAAAAAUGGGAAUUCCAAUGCAUCUCAAGAUCGAAGAAAACGAAACAAAAGACAAAGUGACAAUCUCUAUCAAAGUCGAUGGUUCCCAUGAGCAUGAGAUUACAAAGUUCGAUUUGAAUAUUAUUCAUCUUCCAGAUCCAACAAAAAGUCCAGAUCCAACCAGAAGUCCAGAUCCAACAAAAAGUCCAGCACAAAAAGCAGAUAAUCCUAAUCAGAUUAAUGAUGAAAGAGCCAAGAAGAAGAAAGUUCUCAUUCUAUCUUUAUCUAUUUCAUGCGGAAUUAUUGUUUUAUGCAUUAUCAUUGGAGUCAUUACUUACUUAAUCAUCAAGAAUAAUUCAACACCAGAUGUUUCUGAUGAAGAACCUAAUUAUUUAUAA